GGGUAGAGGGAGUGCAGGAGGUCCAUAGAUGUGUGUCGAGCAGCAAGCCCGCGGCUUUAGUGUUUUCGCCUGUCAACUGCCACAGAGACUGACGCAAGCCCGCGGAGGAAGGGGGACUGGCACGGAUCAGAACAAGGCUCUCUGCAGACAAUCGGAACAGGAAGCGAGGAAGGAAAGGGGGCUUUCACCCGGAGGGAGACUGGCAAACUCGUUGGGAUUGUGACAAGACAGGCACACAGUAGCUGCAGAGACCACCCAUUGUCAGAGCAUCAAACACACACAUGCGCUUAAAGAGAGAGAGAAAUACUGAGAAACACAGACAGGCUGAAACCUCUUUGCAGGUUUAAGAACUAUAGUAACACUUGGAGGUUUCAAACUUUGGGUUUUUCUUUUGUUUCGUUAACUUCCUCUGGAUAAAAAGAAGAAAAAGAAACCAUAUUUCACUCUUCCUCUUUUGGAGAGGUGCUUUAAUUUGCUGCUUUCUUCAGUAGUUUUCACAUCCCCUGCAGUCACAGAGCACAAGGACACAAUAGGAAGGUAAGACGCAAUUAUUAUAAAUCUGUAAGAUUAAAUAUUAAUCUGUGCUGGACACUUUUUUCCAUUGUAACAGACCUAAUUAACAUUAUAUACUCGCUAAAAGAGACAAAUGUUGAGCAGUAUUGCAUGUCCUGGUUGCCACGGUACCAGCUGUAGGGCCCAAUGUAAUUCAAAGCAGUGAAGUUUUCAAUGUAAAGAAGCCCGGCAGAUAUACUGUCAGACAGGAAGGAGACUAACAAUGAACAAAUGGAGAAGAUUGUUUUAGAUGCAUACGACACUGAGUAAUAGAUGUUGCUAUGUGGUCAAACUGUGAGACUGGAUCAGAAGCCGUAGUAAACAGAGACCUUGUCUAAAGAUGAGGAGAAAUUGUGCAUGGACUUUUCACCGGUUUUACUAAAAAUAAGCGCUUUAUGAAGUGGUCUUGAUUAAAAUGUGGCAUAAACAUCUUAACACUUCAGUCUAAAUAAAUACAAUAUUGUAGUUAGUUAACCACAUACAAGUUUGUGGGAUCUCUGUUUAUAUGAAGGAUCUUCAAACAACCUAUGACAGUAAAUCACACAUAACGUUUUUAUGUCUCCGUAUGAAUUAAAGCUACUUAUGAUAUUAGGUGUGUUGCUUUUUCGAUCACUCCAUCAUUCAUUAUUUUCUUCUUCUCUGUCUUCCUUAGAGGUCCACCAAAGAUUAGAAAAUGAACACCACCCUGUCAAACACGUCAAUUAAGUGUGUUCGGGACACCAGUGUGACAGCUGUGGUCUUCCCCUGCCUGUACAGCAUCCUCUUCAUCUUCGCCUUGGUACUAAAUUCCCUGGCUGCAUGGAUCUUCUUCAACAUCCCCAGCACCUCAACAUUUGUGGUCUUUCUGAAGAAUGUGGUAAGAAAAGACGGCACUUGUUUCAAAGAUCUUGUCGCCUGUGCAGAAAACACCCAGACAAAUAAUCCUUCAUUAACAGGUGGUGGCCGACUUGCUGAUGACUCUGACCAUCCCUCUGAGAGUCCUAAGCGAUGCAGGUGUGGGUUCCUGGCGGCUCCGUGCCUUCCACUGCAGAUACUCUGCUGUUCUCUUCUACAUCACCAUGUACAUCAGCAUCCUCCUGCUGGGCCUCAUCAGUCUGGACCGCUACCUGAAGAUCGUCAGGCCCUUUGGAAAGUGUAUUCUGCAGCGGGUCAGAGUGGGUCAGCUGCUGAGUGCAGUCAUCUGGGUGGUGAUGCUUUCUCUUGCAUUGCCAAAUGUAAUCCUGAGCGACCAGCCGCCGCGAUUGUCUGGUGGCAGACUGAAGUGCACUUCCAUGAAGAGCAGAGCUGGUCUGCUGUGGCAUGAAGGAUUCAACUACUUCUGUCAGGUACAUAUUACAAAUCACAGACUUUCUGCAGAUCAGUAAAACCCUUGAGGGCUUGAUUUAGGAUGUAUAAAGCUAAAAAAGCAACUCAUCUACUAAAAUCAGAAACAGGGGUGACAGCUAGCCUGGCUGUAAAAACGCAACAAACCUGUAUCUAAGCUUGUUUACAUGUUAUAAAAAUAUAGGAAAACUGUUACGUGUAGAUUUCUUUACUCAAAUAAAUACUUGUCUUCACUGUAACUAGAGUUUCCUGUGGUAAUCAAGCUUUUAUACUCGUCAUAAAAGAAAAAAAGUACAUUUCAGUACAGAAACAGUAACAGCUACACCCCAGCUACACUUCGUUCUAAAUUUAUGGUAUAGACCAGUGGUUCUCAACUGGUGGGUCAUGAACAGCUGGUCAAAAAAGUAAAUAUUUAAUGUGAUAUUUAUUAUUUAUUAUUUUCUGUGUAUGCAACUUCAGUAGUUGUCUUCCUCAUGUCGUCCCCUUCAUGUGCUCUGAAAUGCACUUUACUCAAUAAAACAAGUGGAUUUAUGUUAAAGAUUAGAGUCUUUAAAGGUUUUUUAUAAAAAAAAAAAAUAAAUUGCUUGGUUUGAAUUCUAUAAAAGUGGGUCACGACUUAAGGUCCAUGGGAAAAUGUGGGUCCCAGAGUGAGACCAGUUGAGAACCACUGGUAUAGACAGUUAGGUAAAAUUGAUCUGAAACUUGGAAUAAAAAGCUUAGGUAUGUAUUUUAAGGAGUGUCUGAAAGUAUCAUGUUCACUUAUAUAUUAAUUGACCUAAAGUGCACUUAUUUUGCUAUGAAGAUUUAUAAGACUCUUCUGUGAUGCAGCUGUUGACAUGGUUGGUUAGAGCUUUUUAUAAAGUUCAACUCUUUCUCGUAAUAAUAAUGACAUGUAUUUACAGGUGGUUUUCUGGGGGACGCUGGCAUUGAUGGUGGUUUGCUACACCUUCAUCAGCAAGAAGGUUUAUGAGUCAUACAAAGCCUCAAAGAGCAAAUCUCAAGCUGCCACUCGCAGAACCAAGGCGAAGGUGUUUGUUGUGGUGGGGGUGUUUUUCAUCUGCUUCGCCCCGUUUCACUUUGCCCGUGUGCCCUACACUUUGACCCAGACGGGCAGCAUGGCAAGUCACUGCCGGGCACAGCACGCACUCUACAUCGCCAAGGAAACUACCUUAUGGCUUUCUGCUACCAACGUGUGUCUGGAUCCGCUCAUCUAUGUGUUCUUGUGUAAGGUCUUCAGGAAAAAAAUGACAGCUGCCCUUUGUCUGAGGCCGUUCUACAAAGGUACCAUGGAGUCUCCCACAGCGACAUCAACUCAGAUGGAGAUGUCACAGAUGGCCCAAAGUAAUCAACUGUCAUGUAACGGGAUGUCCCAGUAACAAACAGGACAAUGUACAAUGGGACACGAUUAAAAAGUGUAACUGUCAAGGGAGAAGAAAUGUAUGAUUUCACAUGUAAAUAGAAUUUUAUCUCAAUGCAAAAGGUUGUAAAAUAUUAUUGUUAAUGUAGGUUAUAAAUGGACAAUGCUGGGUAAACGAAAGAGAAGAAAAAACAUCCACGUGUGGUCAUGCUGUCAGAAAGUGGUGUUUUUGAUGCAGUUUUAACUACCAUGUACUUUUACAUGCUUAGUCAUCCAGCACAUUUCCUUUCUUAUGCUUACUAUCAUGUUUUACUUCCUUUUCUGUAAUCUUGUUGGAGCUGUUCUUUCCCUCUAUCAAAUGUUGGCGACGGGAAAACAAGUUGAGCAUAUAUGGAGUCUCCAAUGAUUACGCAACAUACACACAACUUAAGCAUGGACUGAACGAUAACAAAGCAGGGGAAAAUGGGUACUGGCUGGAAGUAGUAACUUCUUUACAUAGCAAAUGAUAAUAAAAAUAUUAUUUUAGAUACUACAGUUGUUGAGUUUUAUGCCUGAAAAUAAGAAAUAACAAAGAUGCUUUGUUUGUUUUUUCUUUUGCUUUUCUCCUGCAUAGUGGUAUAAAUAACACCCAACACUUUUAAAAAUCACAUGUUAAAAACAAUACAAUCUCCAUUAUUUUAAUAUAUUGAGUGGUUUUGGAGAACAGAAAAAAAAAUUCAAAUUUAUAACCUGAAGCUAAGGCAAGUAAAAGAGAGCCAGCAGUAAUAGUGAGCUGACAUUGGAGUUAAAGUAAGAGAAGAGUGUGGGUAAAGCAAACAAGACGGUGAAAGUGAAAUUGAGAAGUUAUUCUGAUUGUUUCUCACAUUCAUGCUUUAAAUAAAAAAUGUACACCUCUGCAAAA